AUGCCCAACAAUAACACUGGUCUAGAAUUGGUUAUGUAUGCACCUACCACAAGACCGGCAGGUAGUCAUGUUGAUGGUAAUGUGGCCAAUCCAGUUCUGGCAAUGCUGGCCAGUCUUAAUGCUCAGAUGAAGAGUCUUACUGACCAAAUUGCAAGCAUGGCCACUGGUAUCACCAAGUCCAAUGAUACCAUAACUCGUCUUCAGGAGACAGUAGCAAAUAUUGUUUCUGAUCAAACUGUUGUCCAGAAUACUGCUUCCAGAUACAAUGUUACAUCAGGCGUUGAAGCGGUCACUGGUCUUUCAUUAUUGAUGGAAGAUGAUUAUGUGCCUGGAAAGAGACACCCAGCAAUCUUGCCAGGAUUGGUCCUUACAAGCUACUUUACAGGUGGCUAUAAUCACGGUCUUGCACUGGCUCUAACUGCGUAUUUGCGAAGCCAACCCCAAUCUGAUGGCAUACUUACAAGUGACCUUGCACGUAUGGUAAAAAACUAUUUUUGCAAUCAGGUCCGUGAGUCCUGCAGAAUGCCUUCAUCUGCAAACAGAAAAAGAACUGCAUCAAGAAGACAUCAGUGUAGUUUGUUACUUCUUCACCGGCAUUCCAUGGCUUACCUUGAAAACAAAGAAGUCAUUGAUAUGGUCACGAAAAGAGACAAUUGUGCUCAUGUCCUUCAAAAGACAGUAAUGUCUGAUGAUGAGACAGACAAUGAGGCAACUAGAUCAGCCAACAGUAAAUGUCUGAAGGCUCAUUGCCCUAGCUGA